GUGAAACGUCAGCCACGUACGAACGACUGUCACCGAUCAUCUCUCUACCGCUUAGCGAAUUUGAUUUUAGUUGUUUAAUAAUAAGCGUAAAAUAAGGCACAAUGAGCGCAAAGCUGCUAUCCUUGAUCCUCAUCAUCGCGACUGCUGUAACAGCAGAAGAUGAACCAGCGAUCGCCAGGCUACUUGUUUCGAAGCAAGUGCUGAACAAAUACUUAGUGGAAAAUAUGGAUAUUUUGGUUAAAUACACGCUGUUCAACGUCGGUACUGCGCCCGCUGUGGACGUAAAGCUGGUUGACAACGGUUUCCAUCCUGAAGUGUUCCAAGUAGUUGGCGGUCAGUUGACAGCACACAUUGACAGGAUACCUCCACAGACCAAUGUCUCUCACGUCGUCACCGUCAGGUCUAGCAGAUACGGUUACUUCAACUUCACAUCUGCUGAAGUCACAUACAAAGCCACUGAAGAUGCCACUGAGGUCCAACAAUCAAUCAGCAGCUCUCCCGGAGAAGGUGCCAUUGUUGCCUUCAAGGACUAUGACCGCAAGUUCUCCUCCCACAUCCUAGACUGGGCUGCAUUCGCAGUCAUGACCCUCCCAUCUCUAGCCAUCCCCUUCGGCCUAUGGUACUCUUCCAAGAGCAAAUAUGAGAAACUAUCAAAGCCAAAGAAGGCUCAUUAGUUUGUAGAUAGAUAAUUAGGUAACUGCUAAUGUUGUCUGGAAGAGAUGUGACUGAUACAAUUAAAUUAUUUAUCAUAUUUUAUUUGGA